GCGCCAACUAACUGAGACCGUUGACCCUCAGUGCAUGGCCUCCACAGCGGAGUCAUAUAAUCGAGCUUGUGUAUCAGCAUGUCUCGCAGGGUACAUCUUGACCUCCUUUGCUGAGGGUGCACUCUGACACGGCCAUCUCACGACCUGGACGACCAAGCUGAGGACAACAAUGGCCUCUGCGGACAGUCAGAAUACGGCUUUGAGCCCCAAUCAGUUGCCGGCCAUUGCGGGCACUGACGUGCGGGGCCAGGAAGAAAAUGUCAUGUUGACACCUGAAGUUAAAUUCGACAUAGAGCAUGCAGAAGUACAUGACGAUCCCCGCAAGUGGUCGAAGGCUCGCAAGUAUGUCAUCGUCGCGAUGAUUUCUGCGGCGUCGAUGAUUGCAGGUCUUGGCAGCAACAUAUACAAUCCUGCGAUCAGUCAAAUCGAAAAGGACCUGCAUGCAACCAGCAGUCAACUGAGUUUAACGUUGUCAUUGUUCAUUCUCAUUCAAGGAGGACUUCCGCUAUUUUGGAGCGCUAUCAGUGAGAUCAGAGGCAGGAAGACUGUUUAUCUGACCUCGAUUGCGUUAUGCAUGCUCGGAUGCAUCGUUUCGGCAACGGCCAAGACUAUCAAUGUCCUAAUUGGUAUGCGCUGUUUGCAAGCGGCAGGGUCGAGUGCCGUCAUGGCGAUAGGAGCCGCCACGCUAGCCGAUCUGUACGAACCAGCAGAGAGGGGGACUGUGAUGGGCAUCUAUUAUUGCGCUCCUCUAUUAGGCCCAUCCCUUGGUCCCAUUUUAGGUGGGGUUCUGACCCAAGCCUUCAAUUGGCGGGCCACGUUCUGGUUCCUUGCCAUAUUCACCGGUCUCUGCACGGUGUCGUUCGUAUUCUUCCAGGACACGUUCCGUCGUCAGCGCAGCCUGACAUAUCAAUCAGUCUUGAGGCGUGUCAUGGAGCAAGAGGCGAAGAAGCUGAACGCGAAAAGGGAAGACAGCAUUGAUUGCGAUGAUGUGCGCACCAAGGUCGACCCUACGGAGAAGGAUACUGACGAGAAAGGGUUACCCCCGAGCAAUACCUCUGUGAUUGAGCAGGACAUGGAAGCCCAGCAUUCCUCUAGAGAUAAGGCAGCUCCACCAGUAAAGGAGAUCAAGCUGUCCUUGACAGAUAUCAACCCUGUGAAACCUAUCGUCCACGUUUUGAGUCGGCUGAACAACGUUGCCACCUUGGUGGCUUCUGGCCUUCUAUUCGCCUUCAAUUAUAGCAUCUCCUACACUGCGUCCCGAACGCUUGAAAAUCAAUACGGCUAUGAUGCUCUGCAGACCGGCCUGGUGCUUCUAGCGUACGGCAUUGGGUGUCUGCUUGGGAGUGUGUUGGGUGGACGAUAUUCCGACUACGUCCUCUCCCGCGUAAAAGCGCGCCAUGGCGGCAAGAGCUAUCCGGAGAUGCGCCUGCAGAGCACGUUAUUCCCAAUGGUCUUCUUUCCCCCGGCCGUUGUGGCAUAUGGUUGGGUCUGCGAGGAGCAUGUCAGCGUAGCUGCCGUCUGCGUCAUGUUGUUCUUGGCGGGGUUCUUUCAGAUAUGCAUCUACACCAGCACAUUAGCCUACAUCGUCGACGCCAACGCCGGUCGCUCGUCGUCAGCAGUGGCUUCGAACAGCUUCUUCCGCGGAGUGUUUGCUUUCAUCGCUACCGAGAUUGCGGUCCCGCUCCAGGAUUCAAUAGGAGACGGCGGUCUGUACUCUUUCUGGGGGGGACUUGUGCUCAUAUCGCAGCUGCUCAUCAUACUCGUCUGGUGGAAAGGUGGCGACUGGCGAGAAAAAGCAGCUGCACGCGAGGCACGUCGAUCUGGCAUGUCAUGAUAUACGUCAUGUCAUUCUGGAUAGAAGUAUGACCAGGAUUAGGCCUGGUUGUCAACCACAUCAAUAGACGUAGAAUUAGACCCAUUCACGGUCGUCGUUUCCCCCGACUCGUACACGUUGCGUAUCUGUCUACUUGCUGCUGAUAUACACGUCCUUCGUUUUUCGUCCGUGUGCUUGUUACUCAUUUUGACGUCGCCGAUCUCCCCACCGGUCUCUACUGUGAGAUUGGUUGUUAGCUAUCGAGCAUCGAGAUACCGACCCCUC